AUGGCCAGUUUCCUUAUCGCAGCUCUUAUCGAUAUAAUUUCCACCUUCAAUGUCACCAUGGAUCCCAACCAGAACGCCAAGUUUCCUCUACAUGAGGCUGCUCGAGAGGGCAGAACUCAAAUUGCCGAUUCGCUCCUGAAUGCCAAUCCCAAGUCCGCGUUGACAAAGGAUGACGACGAACGCCUUCCUAUUCACUGGGCCGUAGCCUACAACCGACUACCUAUCGUCGAGCUCCUAGUUGCUGUUAAGAACUUUGAUCCUGAUGUUGAAGAUGGCUCCGGAUGGACCCCGCUGAUGAUUGCCGCCAGCCUGAAGGAUGCCGCGGGCGAUCCAAUUAUCGACUUACUCCUUCGUAAAGAGGCCGAUGUGAGCGUGAAAAGUAAUUCUGGACAGAACUCCCUCCACUUCGCUAGUUCGAAGGCCAAUAUCUCCACGGUCCGGAAGUUACUUUCUAAUAAGUGCAGCGCCCGAGUAAAGGACAUUCGAGGACAGCUGCCAUUGCAUAGAGCCGCAGCUGUUGGCUCCGUUCCUAUUGUUAAGGCUCUUUUGGAAGAGGGAAAGAGCCCUAUCAAUGCGACUGAUGGGGAUGGUCUUACUGCACUACAUCACGCGGUUUCUGAAGGUCAUGGCGAUGCCGCAAUUUUUCUUUUGAAGUCCGGUGCCCAAGCAGAUAAAAGAGACAACGAUGGGCGUCUUGCCGUUGAUCUAGUUCCAGAUGACAAGGUCAAACAAUAUAUCCUGCAAACUGCAGAGCGAGAAGGAAUUGAACUCCCUUAA